GUCAACGCAAGGAUAAGGACCUACCUCCUGGUCCUCUUGGCGCUCUUCCUGGCAGCCAGCCUCAUGAACAAACCGGAAAUGAAGGACAAAUCGGCCAUACCUCGCUCCGAAAUCUCUACGCACGUGGCGCCGCCAGGCUCGGGUGACCUUCUCUCCUCGUCGUAUGGUUUGUCGGACAACAGCGGCUACUACAAGAGCCAUUACUUCGUGUGGCCGGCAGCGAAGUGGGAGGAGGCCACGUCGAAGUCCAAGGUGUGCCUCCUUGCCCAGGGUGGCGCCGACAGGCUCUUCUGGGUGGUACGCCAGGCCGAAGCGUUUGCAGGGCCCGUGUCUAUGGGCAUCUUCGUCGCGGGUUCCGAGUACGCCGUGGCUGUCGAGAUGGUGUCGUACAUGAGGAGGUGCUUCCCUCCUGUGAGAGACUGGGUGUCCUUUCACAUCAUGUACCCCGCAGGCAAGCCGCCGAAGCUGUCUCCCUCGCCGAAGACGUUUGUCCUCAACUGCUCCGAUCCGGAAGGGGCAAACCAGUUGCUCAUGAGUCUCCGCGACGAGACGGAACCCAUGGAAACCCACUACCCGCAAAAUCACAUGAGGAAUGUCGCCAGAAAGGCCUGUCCCUGCGAUUACAUCCACAUCGUCGACAUCGACAUGCUGGCCACCCCUCGCAUGGCCGACAAGCUAAACGGUUUCCUCACGACGAUGGAGGAGACGGCGCCGUGUGAGAAAUGUAUCUACGUCGUGCCUGCUUACGAGGUCCAUGACUCCGUCGAGAAGUACCCCGACAACAAGAAGGAACUGCUCGAGCUGGUGCACAGAAAUCUGGCGCAGGUGUUCCAUGUCAAGGUAUACGACCGGAACCAGGGCAACGGUCGAUUCCCGCAGCGCUGGGAGGUGGAGCCGACCGAGGAGGACACGGCGGAAUACCGCGUUCUCUACGACAUUCCCAAUUACCAGGAAUUCUGGGAACCACUAAUGGUCCUGCCUUACACAGCGCCCUGGCACGACGAGCGCUUCGUUGGGUUCGGCUUCAAUCGCAAUAGCCAC